AAAGACUUUAAUUAAAUCCUUUACGAAAACACGCCAUUUGAAGAAAUCUUUAAACCUGGGUGACAGUUAUCUGUAUUUAUAGCUAGCAAACUGACGCUGUUAAAUAUGAAAUGUUGGACGUUUUGUAUUUGCCUUGUGCUUCUCUUCCAGUUAAGCUAUUUUCAAGGUGUGCUUGCACUCACAUGUAAAACGUACUACACCAGCAAUAGUUCCUUGUUCUACUACGAGUACUGUUCCGUUGGGUGUUGUGGAACAGAACGAAGCUUUGAAUGCUGCUCCCCAGGAAAUACCGGAGCCAUUGUUGGCGGCGUAGUGGGGGCCAUACUAUUUUUUCUAUUCGUUGGAGCGUUGACCUUUAUCUGCUGGCAGAACAGUAAAAAGAAAAAGCAGAUGAACGUAGACGUAGAACCAGAAAUAGAUGAGCUUGGUUACGAAUUAGAGGUGAUGGAAGACCUGCCUCAGUAUCAGACAGAAAGGGAUUUUUUUCACUCGCCGUUGUCUCCCAGCCACCUUCAGGACGACUUCCGGAAUCAGGACGGGAUAACCGACACAGAGAUAUUGUCGGACAGGUACAGGCACCCCCCUCCUCAGUAUGACGAGAACAUGCGCCCGAUGUCUCCUCCACCCAGAUACCAAGAGAGGGAAGCCAACCAGGUAUCGUCUGAAGAGCGAUAUUAACUCAGCCAAAGGAAAAGAAAGAAAGUGGGCGCUUAAGAUGUAGAUUCGGCAGAAAUCUGGGCGCACAAGAAUAGUGAAAUUUUCAUCGAUUAAUUUUGCUCAUUUUUCGAAUUAUAACAAUUAUUUGAUUUCUGUUGGACGUAGAAUGGGUAGUAAAAUGUCUCAAAUGCAAAAUCAUAAUAUUGGUCUAAAUAUAGCAACACGACGGAAUUGACGCAAAAUCCUACUUAUUUACAGCUGUUUUUAAAUGAUUAUGUUGUUUCUGGGUCUUCUCUGCACAUUUGAAACGUUUAAACAUGACAUAUUUCAACAUUAAAAAUAUUGUUUUUACAAGUUAGAUGGAAAGAUGAGCCAGAAAUGACUAAUAAUGUACUUUUUCAUAAUAUUUUUCGGCGGAUAAAAAACAAAGUCCAUUGAUAUGACAAUGUUGUUCCCAGCACUACUACAUGUAUAUACCUCAUACUCUAAAGGCUAUCAUGGCUCACUGGUUUCGUUCUGAAUAUUGAAUACAACCAUUUAGUGUUUUGGGUUCAAAUCAUGCUGGUGACUCUUUUUCAAUUUAAAAAAAAAACUGUUUUGAUUUUAAAUGUAUGUUGAUAUAACACUAUGAUGUAUUAUAGAAUACCGGUAUAUUUUAAUUAGUCAUUCUUGAUUUUUGCCGUAUGAACACUAUUUUCUGUUCUUAUAACUAGUUUAUUUGAUUAUAUUUACAUUUGCAAGUAUGUUUCUUUAUAUGAACCUAAGAAAUAUAUCGAAACCGUUCAAAUCUGUAUGAACUUUUUCAUGACGUCACAAAGCUUAUAGCACGUGCUUUUCGCUUAAGCUUGUCGCUUGGAUUAUUGUAAACAUAAAAUAUCGGUAAUUUUAACAGUUUUAAACUAUUUGUCUUUUUCAAACGUAAAUAUAAGUAAAAAGUAAUGUUAAAAAGUUCACCGGGAUAUGAAAUUGGUUAGUACGUGAUCAAAUCUACUGAGAAGCCCCUCGGACUUCACAUGAUUUGAUCACGUGACCAACAAACGUUAUAUCCCGGUGAACUUUUAAAUUGCUGUUUAUUUAUUAAAUGAUAUACAAUAUAACUAAAUUAAAAAAUAAAUAUGCAUUAACAUUUGCAGUGUAAUUUUUUAUCGGUUUACCCCAUUGCCCUUUUCAGAAAGCUUGUGAGUUUUAUUCAAUAGCCAGAAUAGACUUGUACUUCAUUCUUAACACAGUUUGAGUAUAAUCAAUUUUUGUUCAAACCAGUACAUAGCAUUUCGAGAUUAUACACAUUUAAAUUCCAAUUUAUUCGUAUCGAUGGUUCCUGAAAACUGACAAUCUAUAAAACUAUCACAAAAAAAAUUACUUACAUUGGAGCUCCACCUCCGCCCCGACCGAGACUUGAACUCACGACCUCUGGAACCCUCUCUCCUAGCAGUGAGCCGCCACCCUGUUUUUUUUUUUUAUCUUUUAUCUAUCAACUAUCAGUUAUCACAAGCAUCACAUUAAAUAGCACAAUCACAGUCUACGUGUCAACACUUCAUAGUAUUAUAUUUUUAAAAAAUAAAAACAAUUGUACACCUUCUGUUUCCUUUAUCAAAGUGGAUUUUUCUUCAAAAACUUUUUUAAAAACAUUUUUCUGUUGUCUUGUACUUUACACAUGUAAUGAUAGUUGUAAUAAAUAUAAUGUCUGAGUGAAUAUUUGCAAAACCUUUUAAAUGCAUUUUUUUUCAAUAUUUGUCUCCUUGUAUAAAAUAGUAAAUCUACAUAUUGAUAUGAAAAAAUUCACAAAAAAUUUGUCAUUUUUCAUGACGUUAGGAAAUGCCAUCAUCAAAAUUUCAUCAAUAUCUAAUACAUUGUAUAGACUAUUUUCACAGUCCUCCAAUAGCGAUUCCAAAUGAUUUAUUAUAAAAUAUUUCUGCACGUCUUCACAUUUUACAAACAUAUGCAAUAAAUCUUCGCAUUUUGUUUUACAUAAUGGACAUUUGUUUGAAUCUGUUUUACCGAACUUGAACAGUUUUUCAUACGUAAAAAUAUCAUUAUGAAAAAUCUUUAAAUCAAGUUCUACACCAUCUGGAGGUUUUCCAACUCCUCUUAAUAUAAUCCAUCCGUUAUCAAGUAUAGAUGUAUUAUCUACUGCAAUUUUCUUUUCCAGUAUUCGUUUGAUAUUUGAGGUUUAAGCAGCUUUUGUAUUAACAUUUUGUAAAAACAAAUCUUUACUGUACAUAAAGAAAACACAUAAUUGUUAUUUUCUACACAUAGCGAAAAAUUUGGAAGCAAUGCUUCUUUCACAUGAACAAAAUUCUGAACAAUAUUAUUGCACUCUUCUGGUAUAUCAUAUAAUAAUGUUGCAUAAUCAUCUUAAAUUUGUUUUACCUUACUUCCUGAAUCAUAUUCAUGUAUCAGUUUUACUAUACAAGAUACAGGCAAAAAUCCUGCUAUUACUUCAUAUGAAAUGUCUCUGAUAUGUGAAAUUCAUGCUUUUAUAAACAAAAAUACCCACAAUAGUGUUUUGUUCAUAUUAACAAUUUUAGGAUUGAAAAACAAGCAGCAAUUAAACACAUGGUUUCUGUUUUCAUUGUAAUCAACAUUAUCCUUCACAGCAUCAUAUGCACUAAACAUUUCAACAUAAACAAGAGGACCAGGGGCCACGCCGCUCACCUGAGCAACAAUUGCCUUAAUUCUAAUCAAAUUAGCAUUAGAGUAUCCAAAUAUCUUGACAACUAAGUACAGAAGAUCUUGCUAAAAAAAAUUGAAAAUCUGCCAAUUUUAUCCACCUCUUUUUUUGGUUAAAUAAAUACCAAGCUCCUUUUGUUGCUGUACCUGUAAGAAGAUUUUUUCUCUAUUCCUAUACACCCCCCAUCCAUUUCGUGGCCCCACUUUUCUCUAGGGAAUCAUGGUUUCAUCAAACUUAAGUCUGCAUAACCUGUGCUUUCACACUAAUUACUGAGUUUUGGACCGAAAACUUUCCCAGAAUAUUUGUAAAGAUUUUCUCUAUACAUUCCUACGUAAAAAUUCAAACCGCAAUCACAGUCCCACCCUACCACUAGGGACUGAUUUUGAAAACUUGAAUUUACACUACCCGAGGAUGCCUCUACACAAGUUUAAGCAUUCUGGUCAAAUAGUCUUUAAAAAGAAGAUUUUUAAAGAUUUUCUCUAUAUAUUCCUAUGUAAAAAUUCACCCCCCAUUGUGGCCUCACCAUACCCCUGGACUAUUAUUUAAACAAACUUGAAUCUAUACGAUCUGGAUAUGCUUCUACUCAAAUUGGGGCUUUCCUGGCCUAAUGGUUUUGAGAAGAAGAUUUUUAAAGAUUUUCUCUAUAUAUAAAAAAUUAUCCCCCAUUGUAGCCCCGCCCUACCUCCAGGGACCAUGAUUUGAACAAACUUGAAUAUACAUGAUCUGAGGAUGGUUACACCCCAAUUUGAGCUUUCUUGGCCAAAUAGUUUUUAAAAGAAAUGUUUUUAAAGAUUUUCUCUAUAUAUUCCUGUAUAAAAAUUUAUCCCCCAUUGUGGCCCCGCCCUACCCCCAGGGACCAUGAUUUGAAGAAACUUGAAUCUACAUUAUCUGAGGAUGGUUACACGCCAAUUUGAGCUUUCCUGGCCUAAUAGUUUUCGAGAAGGAGAUUUUUACAGAUGUUCUCUAUAUAUUCCUAUGUAAAACUUGAACCCCCUAUUGUGGCCCCAUCCUACCCCCAAGGACCAUGAUUUGAACAAACUUGAAACUUCACUACCUGAGGAUGCUUCCACUUUAAUUUGAGCUUUUCUGGCCAAAUAGUUUUUAAGAAGAAGAUUUUUAAAGAUUUUCUCUGUAUACUUUUAUGUAAAACUUGAUCCCCCAAUUGUGACCCCCCGGGUUCCAUGAUUUGAACAAACUUGAAUCUACACUACCUGAGGAUGCUCCCAUUUUAAUUUGAGCUUUUCUGGCCUGAUAGUUUUUGAGAAGAAGAUUUUUAAAGAUUUUCUCUAUAUAUUCCUAUGAUAAACUUGACCCCCCUCUUGUGGCCCCUCCCUACCCCUGGGGACCAUGAUUUGAACAAACUUGAAUCUACACUACCUGAGAAUGCCCCCACACAAGUUUAAGCUUUUCAGGCAGAAUAAUUUUUGAGAAGAAGAUUUUUAAAAAAUACCGACAAAUUUUCAAUAAUUCUCAAUUAUCUACCCUUUAAAGAGAGCGUGGCCCUUCAUUUGAACAAACUGGAACCCCCUACACCUAGUGGUGCUUUGUGCCAAAUUUGGUUGAAAUCUGCCCAGUGGUUUUUGAGGAGAAGAUGAAAAUGUGAAAAGUUUACAACAACGACGACGACAACGACAGACAACGGACAAAUUGUGAUCAGAAAAGCUCACUUGAGCCUUUGGCUCAGGUGAGCUAAAAAGGGAGACAUUGCAAAUCCUUUUUGUUCAACUGUAAAAGAAAAACGUCAACACAACCUCUCAAAUCACAAUUUAUUUUAUAAAAAAUAGCUAAAAGUGUGUUUCCAUACCAGUUCUUUUGUAUGACACAAAUACUUGGCAAAAACUAGAGUCGAUACGACAGCAUUUUCAAAUAAAUAUCAUCAAUCUUUACACCACAAUUUUUAUGUUCGCCAACAGUUGUUUUAUAUGACACUAGAUGCGCACCAUAAUUCCAUAAAAAAUUAAUACAUUCUUUUUUAAUUGUACAAUGUAUCUUUACCCCAAAAUGGGAUAGAAAUCACAGACAAGGAAUACCAUAAUUUGGACAUCAAAAAUGUUUUAUAACACUAGCUCUUCCAUGUAUUGUCAACUGUCUUUGUCUCCACAGAUUAAUAAUUUUUUUUAUAUUUUGUACUUUGUUUCUCCAAUUUAAAUUUUCACAUUCUUCUUUGUUUCUACCAAAAUAAACUCCAAGGAUUUUCAACAUAUUUGUUUCAGUGACAUUAAUUAAUUUUCUUUCAUCUUCCAAUAAUCUUCCUGAACGUACAUGUAUAUUGGUAAACAGUAUUGCUCAAAACCAUUUCAUCUAUGUAGAUGUAUUGGAAAUUCACAUUAUGAAACAAUACAAUUACAAAAUUACAGCAACAAAAUUUAGGAGCAACACAAACAGAUACAGAGAUAAGGGAUAAAAGAGGAUGAGAGAGAGAGAUGUCUCUGUAUUUGGUUGUGUUGCUCCUAAAUUUUUUUUACAAACUUUUUAUCAUCAUUAAAUGUAUUAAUUUGUGUUUUCAGUUUGUUAAUUGUUUGAUGUAGUAUUCAAUAUCAUUGAAUUGAAUAAUGUUUGCAGUGUUUGGAAAUGUCAAACAUCAGAUUUGACCGUACCGUUCAUGAUUUACGAUCAUCAACAGGUAAACAUCUUCAUAAUGAAUGAAAAGUUUUCCCACUUAUAGUAUAUUGUGUACAUAUCGUUUUGAAAAUUUGCAUAUUAUCAAACAAUGUGAAACGUUUGUGAAACGUUGGGGCGAGACUAAUAUGCGAAUCGAGUUGAAUUUUUGGGUCAGAAAUAUUUCUUCCGAAUUAUUACUAUUAUUUAUAACAGACGGCCUCUAUGGGCAAUGAUCUGAUAAUUUUCAUCGCCUUUUCAAUUUAGAGAGAGAGAGAGAGAGAGAGAGAGAGAGAGAGAGAGAGAGAGAGAGAGAGAGAGAGAGAGAGA